AUGUCAUCGGAAUAUAUAGGGCGACUCACGAGUCAGCUCUUUCCAGAUAGCCCCCUUGAGUCUGUGCUUGACGUGGAGUAUACAGGGGUACCCAGGUUGCGUAUUCGACGCAAGCUGGUGGAUUAUAACGAAGUAAAGGACCUGCCGCAAGAGCUUGCUGACAAGUUGGCACAGGCCAAUGCGAAGAAGGGCAAGUCCACUAAUGGCGGUCGUAUUAAGAAGAGAAUACAGAGGGAAAAAGUUAAUCUUGGUCAAGAUGCAGAUGUCACUACUGCUAAACUAAUAGAAACAGUUAGUGAAAAUGAUCGCAAUUCAGCAGCAAAAUCUGGAACUGGUAGCUCUGACUUGGCAGUGGUGGUGCAAACGAAAACACCACUUCAGAAACAAGAAUUACCGUCAAUUAAUAGAAACAACUUCUCAGCUGAAUCAGCUGUGUCUGUCCGGUCGCCUCUGCAUGCUGUUCAUGCUCAAGUAAGACCAACGUGGCAUCCGCCAUGGAAACUGAAACGAGUUCUUGCUGGUCAUCAAGGCUGGGUCAGGAGUGUUUGCGUUGAUCCUGAUAACAAAUUUUUCGCUACAGGAUCUGCUGAUAGAACUAUUAAAAUAUGGGACUUGGCAUCUGGUAGACUUCGAGUUACUCUCACUGGUCAUAUCAUGGCUGUACGAGGAUUGGUAAUAUCACCUCGCCAUCCAUACUUAUUCAGUGCCGGAGAAGAUAAAAUGGUCAAAUGUUGGGAUCUAGAGCAUAACAAGGUUGUACGGCAAUACCAUGGCCAUCUGAGCUCGGUGUAUUCCGUGGAUCUACAUCCUACUCUGGAUUUAUUGGUUACUGCGGGCAGGGAUUCUGUUGCCAGAGUAUGGGAUAUACGUACCCGACAUCCAGUCCAUGUCCUUACUGGCCAUAAGGCAACAGUGAGUCAAGUGAGAUGUCAAAGUGCUGAUCCACAAGUGAUUACUACAUCUAUGGAUUCCACAGUAAGACUAUGGGAUCUGGCUGCUGGAAAGACCCAAACUGUUUUAACCCAUCACAAGAAAUCGGUACGUGCAUUGACCCUACAUCCGACCGAAUUCACUUUUGCAACUGGCAGUCCGGACAAUAUUAAGCAAUGGAAGUUUCCUGAAGGAGCUUUUAUGCACAAUUUUGCACCACCCCAAAACGCCAUUAUUAACACUCUAAGUGUCAACGAAGAUGGCGUUAUGUUUGCGGGUGGUGAUGAUGGAUCAAUGGGCUUUUUCGACUGGAGCUCUGGCUAUAAAUUUCAGCAAUUUGAUACAGUCGCAGUGCCAGGAUCACUAAGUGCAGAAUCUGGUAUAUUUGCCAGUACUUUUGAUCGGUCUGGUCUGCGUCUUAUUACUUGUGAAGCUGACAAGAGUGUUAAAAUAUGGGCUGAAGAUAAUGAAGCUACUGAAGAAACCCACCCUCUCCAGUGGAAGCCUACUUUGUAG